UUUGACACUGAGUAUUGAUUAUGUCACCGUUUAUUCACCAAUAGUUUCAAAAAUAACUACUAUUAAUAUUAUAGAUUUACAAAAACUUGAGAUUAGCAAUUUAUCUAUUUUUGCGUUACAACUAAGAGAAAUUUUUAUUUCUAUAGAAAAAAAUUUAAAGUCAGCAAAAAUUAAGUAUUUGUUUCAUUCUGAAAGUAUUCAAACAAUUGCCAAGAGUUGUCCAAGCCUUCAAGAAAUAACUAUUUACUAUUGUGAAGAAAGUAGUUUUUGUCUUGAGAAAUUUAUUUCAAUUUUUCAAAAUUGUCAACAAUUAAAUGCUUUUGAUUUUUCUAAUUGGUCUGUAGAAGCAUUAGAAGAAGAUCUGCAGCCUUCUAACACUUUUGUUAAAAUCUUUUCGUAUUUUCCAAAUUGCAAAAAUCUGGAAGAAGAUGAAUUCAAUUGCAGAAAUGGUGAAUACAGAGAAAAGAAAUGCCAGUGGAAUAUAAAACACUUGGUAUUAUACAAAAAAUUAAGAAUAGAAUUCUCCUUGGCAAAAAUGCAAAUUCAGAUCGAAACUGAAAAUGAGUUAGAUAAUGAUAUCACAAUAAUCAAACAACUCACUAAAGCAGGCGCUUUUUGGAGAUUUUUUGAAACUUUAUUAUUUGCAGAGUUUGAUCUCUUUUUAACCACAAUAACAGACAGAAAAUAUAAACAGUUUUCGAUCUUUACAGGAAUAGGUGAUACAAAUACUUCUAACCUUUUAUUGUGA